AUGUUGCUGCAGAGAUUGUCUUUGUGUUCUCGGCUCUCUGUUGGCUCAAAGAUCUCACAGAGCUUCACAAGAUCUGUCUCACAAGGCAAGUUGCCACUGAUGCGUGGUCAUGGUAAAUCAUCUGCUCACCGCAGUGAAUUGCGCCAGGCAAAGAGAAUUGUGGUGAAGCUGGGAAGUGCUGUGGUAACUCGAGGUGAUGAGUGUGGCCUUGCUCUUGGGAGGCUCGCCUCUAUUGUUGAACAGGUGGCAAUGCUGCAGAACCAGGGCAGAGAAAUGAUGAUUGUCACUAGUGGAGCAGUGGCAUUUGGGAAGCAGAGGCUGAGGCAUGAGAUUCUGCUUUCUCAGAGCGUCAGACAGGCUCUUCACUCUGGGCAGAAUCAACUCAAAGACAUGACUUUGCCAGUUUUGGAGGCCAGAGCAUGUGCUGCUGCAGGCCAGAGUGGAUUAAUGGCACUGUACGAGGCAAUGUUCACUCAGUACAGCACCUGCACAGCCCAGAUCUUGGUCACAAACCUUGACUUCCAUGAUGAUCAAAAGAGACGUAAUCUGAACAGCACCUUGCACGAGCUUCUGCGCAUGAACAUUGUGCCCAUUAUCAACACUAACGAUGCUGUAGUGCCUCCCCCAGAACCCAACAGCGACCUUCAGGGGGUAAAUGUAAUCAGCAUCAAGGACAAUGACAGUCUGGCAGCACGACUUGCUGUGGAGAUGAGAGCAGAUCUCCUUAUCGCUCUCUCUGAUGUAGAGGGACUUUAUGACAGCCCACCUGGGUCAGAUGAUGCCAAACUUAUUGACACUUUCUACCCUGGUGACCAGCAAUCUAUCACCUAUGGAACCAAAUCCAGAGUCGGCAUUGGAGGAAUGGAAGCUAAGGUGAAAGCUGCUUUAUGGGCUCUUCAGGGUGGCACAUCAGUAGUUAUUGCUAAUGGCACACAUCCUAAAGUCACCGGCCAUGUUAUUACUGACAUUGUAGAAGGCAGGAAAGUGGGCACCUUCUUUUCAGAGGUCAAACCUGCUGGGCCCACAGUGGAGCAGCAGACAGACAUGGCUCGUGCUGCAGGCAGGACACUGGCUUCUCUCCUCCCAGAGCAGAGAGGUGAGAUCAUUUAUGCCAUGGCUGACCUUCUGACUGAAAGAAGAGAACAAAUUAUGUCUGCUAAUAAGAAAGACAUGGAACUAGCUGCAAAUUCAGGACAUAUGCCUCCUGCCAUGCUGAAGCGACUGAGUUUGUCCACAUCUAAGCUAAGCAGCCUUUCCAUUGGACUGCGGCAGAUCGCUGUGUCCUCUCAGGACAGUGUGGGACGAAUCCUGCGCAGAACCCGUGUGGCCAACAACCUGGAGUUGGAACAGAUCACUGUCCCCAUUGGAGUCCUUCUUGUCAUCUUUGAAUCACGCCCAGACUGCCUGCCACAGGUCUCUGCUUUAGCUAUUGCCAGUGGAAAUGCUUUGCUGCUAAAGGGUGGCAAAGAGGCAGCCAAUACCAACCGUGUCUUACAUGAGCUAGCACAGGAGGCUCUAUCCAUACAUGGUGUAAAAGAUGCCAUCCAACUGGUCAGCACACGAGAGGAGGUGGAAGACCUGUGUCGACUAGAAAAGAUGAUCGAUCUGAUUAUUCCUCGGGGCUCAUCACAGCUAGUCAGAGAUAUCCAGCGGGCUGCCAAGGGCAUUCCUGUGCUGGGCCAUAGUGAGGGCAUCUGCCAUGUGUAUGUUGACCACGAGGCCAGCAUUGACAAAGUCAUCAAGAUAGUCAGAGACUCCAAAUGUGACUACCCUGCAGCCUGCAAUGCUAUGGAAACCCUGCUAGUUCACAGAGAUAUCCUCCGUACCCCACUUUUUGAUCAGAUCAUUGACAUGCUGAGAAUAGAACAGGUAAAGAUACAUGCUGGCCCCAAGUUUGCAUCCUACCUGACCUUUAGCCCCUCGGAGGUUAAGUCUCUGCGAACUGAGUAUGGAGAUAUGGAAUGCUGCAUAGAGGUGGUGGACAGCAUGCAGGAGGCUGUGGAUCACAUUCAUAAAUAUGGCAGCUCCCACACAGAUGUCAUUGUCACUGAGAAUGAGGAGACAGCAGAGCAGUUCUUGCAGAUGGUGGACAGUGCAUGUGUGUUCUGGAAUGCCAGCUCACGAUUUGCUGAUGGAUAUCGCUUUGGUCUCGGUGCAGAGGUUGGAAUCAGCACCGCUCGUAUCCAUGCUCGUGGGCCUGUGGGGCUUGAGGGACUUCUCACCACUAAAUGGGUUUUACGAGGAGAUGGCCACACAGCUGCAGACUUCUCAGAGCAGGGAAGCAUGAAGUUCCUCCAUGAGAACCUGCCUGUUGCACAGCCUCUGAAUGGACGCAGAACCUCCAACUAGGGAAUUAAAAAACUUUUUUAUGUGGUCCCUGUUCAAAUGACAAGCACUGCCCAAACACAACUUGCCUGAGGAACUGUUAUUGGAAAUAGAAGCCAAAGUGUAAACAUUCAUUUUUCAUUUAUUUUCUGAUUGAUAUUGAUCAUUACUGUCAUAUUAGGUGCCAAAAAGUCGGUAAUUGACAUAUUUACUCCUCGGCUUGUAAAUUGGCCCAGUUCAAAAUUCACUUGAAAACAUUUUGUGUUUGCAAAUCACAGCUGAAUCCUCUUGCUCACCCAUAAUUUUUACAUUGGAAGUGGUGUCACAUUUUGUGAUGGCAUAUGGGUAAAAUCUUAUGUUAAAGCAUUUAGUCUUGAAAAGACAUGCAUAUCUGGUUUAAUGUAAUAGUCAGAACACUGAUUUAGUAAAUAGUGCUAAUGGUUAAAUGAUUUAUAGACAUGUAAGAUUGCAGAGCAUUAAAAAAAUCAGAGUUGUAGAUCCUUACUAAUGUAUACUGACAUUGUAUUUUUUUAGAAUAUGGUGAAUGUGUCCAUAGACUGAAAGUAAGCAUAGGUUUAAGCAUUGGACUGUAAUAAUUAUAGCUGAAAUAAAUAAGCCUGAAAAAUCAUGAUAAAGUGAAUGCUCUUUUAAAACCAGUGGUUCUUUACAUCAUACAUAUAGUAAAGUCUUAUCCAAGAACUGAUUAAUUUUUUUAUAAUAAAUUAUUUCAAACGCAUUCUAAAUUUGUCUAAACCUAACUUGAAAGCCCUGUUUUAGCCGUGGCGGCUAAAAAAAACAACUCGACACAUUCAAAAUAGACAAUUAUGGAAAAAAAAACAGGAAAGACUUGUGACUUGCUUUUCUUGCAUACUGUUUCUUUAAUAUGUGAAGCUGUUAAAUAUACAGUAUAUUACAGAUGUCUAUCAGGCACACAGUUUUGUCAUCUGACUUUUCUUUUAUGUUGCAGCAUUUUGUUAAGCAGCAUACAGUAAACUUGCACAGAAGUUUGUAUUACAUAUUGCUAGAAAAUGUUUUGCAGAAUAAUCUUGUUCAUCUUCAGUAUUGUUGACACUGUUUCUGCUUUUACUGAGGGUUAUUGUCAUGCUCUAAAAGUGCAGUGAAAACCCAGAAGGCUUGGGCAAAAAAUAAUAUUAAUUCAAAUGUGUUUUUUAUUCAUCAUUAUUAUUGUGUAUGUGUUUAAAAUAAACUUUUUUUUUUCCAA